UAUUGCUGUAAUUUCACAUGGUUGGAGGACUUUCGGUAUAUUCAAAAGAAUAUUAAUUGAAAAAGAAAAAUUUUUUCGUUUAGAAAGCUGAUUAAGGCCUAAAAGUUUUGAACGCUCACUGUUAAAUUUUUUACUGUGAAUCAAGAAAGAACAGUACCGUCGGUGGGAACUCCUGAAGCCAUUAGAAAUGCGGACUUUAUCAUGUCAGUCUUGCCGGCGUAGAAAGAUUAAAUGCGACAGAAAAUCACCUUGUACAAACUGCAUUCACUUAGGUGAGCAGUGUAUCCAUAAAGAUUUGGAUAAUAGGAAAAAACGGCACCCUCAUAGCUAUGUUCAGGCCCUUGAAAGUCAGCUAGCUACAUUAGAGUCAUUUCUUAUGAAGCUUAAAGAUUCUCCUACGAAUGAAAGACUUAAGAUGUUGGAAUCAGUCACGUUUGCGGAUCAUCUCAGUUUCAAUGGGUGCGGUAGUAAUGCUUCUAAUAUGCAAAAGGAUGAUUCUAUAGAUUUCCCCAUUUCAUUGGACAUUCGAGGCCCAAAUACUAUAACCUUUUAUGGACCAACGAAUGUGUAUGGCUCCUCAUUACGCCCAUCUUCUGUUGAUACACCUUUCCAGGUCAAACAACAUCCUAUGUUUUCACCCGCUAUCACCUAUUGCUUAAAGCUAUUCUUCAAAUGGCAGUAUACACAGUUCAUGUAUAUUAAUAGAGAAGCUUUUCUCUUAGAUUAUUAUCAUCAUUAUCAUGAUGGUAGAUACUGUUCAGAACAUUUAUUAUAUGCAAUGUGUGCAUUGGGAAGUCGAAUGGCGCCCGAACCAGAAGUCGUUAACUCGUCUGAUAAAUACUACAAGUUAUCCUGGGAUGCUUUGAUGGAAUAUGGUUUAGGAAGGCCUCAUAUUACUUCAGUCCAAUGUCUGCUAUGUCUAGGAUUCUAUGAUAUUGGUAUGGGAAACAAUUCUUUGGGGUGGUUGUUGUCAGGCUUAGCUUUUCGAAUGGGACAGGAUUUAGGAUUUCAAUUAGACCCAAGGAAAUGGUUUAUGAAUGAAAUUCCUGUUAUCUCUGCUGAGGACGCAGCUGUAAGAAGCAGAAUCUAUUGGGGCAGCUAUGUCGCAGAUGUUUUUAUUAGUUUUAUCUUGGGAAGACCAACUACAUUGAAGAAGUCAGAUACGAGUAUUCCUGGGUCUGUUAAUUUACCCGACUUUGAUGGUAUUGAUGAGUUUAAGUGUGACUUGGGACCAGCUGCCAAACCAGCAACUCUUUUCGUUAUGCUUCUUUUGUUGGUGGAUUUAAGCCAUAUCGCUGAUGCUAUCUUAUUUGAUGUUUUCUCUCCGAGCAAUUUACCCUAUGGCGUCAAUGCCAGACUUCAAAAUUUAGGAAAGUAUAAUUUGGAACUUAUGAAAUGGUAUCUAAAACUUCCAGAUGAUGUUCGCUGGAAAAAGAGUGAUCUGAAAAGUCAUGGGCAAAAUCCGGAUAUGCUUGCAAUAUGUCUUUACUAUUAUCUUAUUCGGAUUUGCCUAAAUCGUCCAUUUUUAGCAAGGAAAGAAGUUACCUCUAACGAUAUGACUUCGAAAGUGAUUUGUAUGGAUUCUAUUGAAGAUAUUAGUCAGCUCCUUAAAGCUUACCGAGAUGCUUUCGGGUUUGAGUCGGCUUCUUUGUUUAUGGUGUAUGCGUCGAUAGUAAGCUGUAGCGUACUUAUUAUGUUGAGACAUACUUCUGUAAUAUCUGAACGCUUAGACAUUGAAGAAAAAUUGAAAUUUUUCGUGAUGGUUUUAAACAAAUCAUCAAAGUCUUGGAAAUUAGCUGCCAAAUCCCUUACAUUGAUUGAAACCAGUUUAAAGGACGAGGAAAUCUCUACGCCUAAUCAGAGUUUUGCACUUACCAAUUUGAACUCAAGAAUUGUUCCGGAAGAAAUUCCCAUAUUCAACUACCUUGAUGAGACAAUUAAGAAUGAGUUUUUUGAUAGCCAGUUAAGUUCGGCUAACAAUUUUGAAGAAUACCGAUCUUUUUUUGGAGGACCUCCAGUUUUUAUGACAUCUGCAUCUCAUAAUGAUCUAUGGAAGGAUACAAACGUUCCCUUCUAAAUUUGAAUAACUACAUAAUGAUGGCGUCCACCAGGGAAGCCACUGUGCCUACUUUUUAUAACUUCAAAAGUCACGAUAUCUUUAAAUUAACUUGGCAAGGGGUUAAUUUAAUUACAUUUGUACGAUUAAUAAACUUUUUGGAUAAAGUUUUGUUUUCUAGCAUACGAGCAAUAUACUUAUUUGGUUCUGGAAGUGUUCAUCUUUGUUUGACCGAGUCUUCCCUCGUCCCUUUAAGUACGUUUUAUUUAUUCCUUUUCUAGUUUUAAAUCAUAACUCAACUUUGUUGAUGCAAGCAAUAUGGAUUUGCAUCGAAUCAAUAAAAAAAAGCUGAUUAUAAAAAUUUGAAUGAUACUUCGCAUCAAUAACCAGUAUACGGUUCCAUAGGAAAUACAUAAAGAAUUUAGAUUAUCUUUGGUUGUAUGAAG